AUGGAACGCAUAGAGAAUCAGACCUCAUGCGACCGCGCUCAGCUACGCUAUCUCGCCGACCAGUAUAUGGACGCUUGGUUAUCCAAACCUUCCAUGGCAGUCUUCCACGAGCUCAACGGCGCUCUUGUCGCCAACGUCGCAUACAACAAGUACACUCCUGAUGACCCGGAUCUCAUUCCGGACCUUGAAAAGGCACUGGACGAUUACACGGCGGCGGUGCACAAUCAAAACUCGAGUGAAGUACUGAGGGGCGUACUCAGCCUGCACAGGUACAUGGCUACGCACAGCAACGCGGAUGGGCCAGGCUACAAGAAUCUCAGAGAUCUUAAGCGCAAGUUGCGCCAGGGCAAGAACGACGAAACGCCCGACUGUCUCGCGCUGACACUGAUGCAUCAAUGCGCGCUCCAUCUGUUGGCCACAAAGUCGCAACGUCUCGCCGAACAGGACGCCACCGUACGGGCCACGCAAGCUCUUCUGCAGGAGCAAGAAGUGGAGAAUACACGGCUUCGAUCAAUUGUGAGUGUAUGA